AUGGUCAUGGUUACUCUACUCUCACUGGCCGUAGUUGUUAUACUACUCGUUGCUGUUCUUUACCCUUCCUACUCUCAUCCUCCGCAACAUUACAAUAUUUUGCGUGCACACGCUUUAAUAUCAACAGAUCCUGGCCGUGCCAAUAUUCAUAAUGAGAAAAUAUUCAUUGCAAGCAGUAUCUACGACAAGCAAGGUAAACUUGCGUCUGGGCCGUGGGCGCAAAAUCUACUUGACCUUGUAGAUCUGCUGGGACCUGAGAACGUGUUCCUUAGUGUCUUCGAAGAUGACCCAGACAGCCUGGCAAGAACGUCUCUGGAGCGCUUCUCUAAGCGAGUUAACUGUGAUUCCUCGCUGGUCGCUGAACAUGUUGAUCGCGCAGCCUUGCCGCACGUAAAGCUUCCAAACGGUCAGAAGAGACUCAAGCGUAUUGAGUUCCUGGCUCACGUCCGCAAUCGUGCUUUGGCACCUCUGGAAGACCCAGAGUCGUCCGCAUACUCGGUACACUUCGACAAGCUGCUCUACAUCAACGAUGUCGUCUUCGAUCCAAUCGAUGCAGCAAACCUCAUCUUCUCAACAAACGUCGAUGAGACCGGCAAGGCCAAAUAUCAUGCUGCUUGUGCAGCAGACUUCAUCAAUCCUUUCAAAUAUUACGACACAUUUGCAACGAGAGACGAUCAAGGGAAUCGUAUAGGUGUGCCGAUCUAUCCGUGGUUCAGUGAUGCUCGAGACGCAAACAGCCGGAAAGAUGUGCUUGAUCAGAAAGACGCCGUAAAGGUGCGAAGCUGCUGGGGCGGCAUGGUGGCCUUCAAUGCGAGAUGGUUCCAGCCAGGUGGUAUGCGCAUCAAUCUUGGGGUGGCCGAUACGACGCCGGACCUCGACAUGAUAUCCUCCAAUCAAGAAUCCGCAGAUGACACAACAAGCAUACCCAACACAGUACCACCGAUCCGUUUUCGGGCCUCGGCUGACACUUUUUGGGACGCGAGCGAAUGCUGCCUGGUCCACGCCGAUAUUGAAGCAGCUGUCAACCGUUCGGGCUCGCUGUCGACUGGCAUCUACCUGAAUCCUUAUAUCCGAGUCGCAUAUAGCAGCAGAACGCUCUUCUUUCUCCGCAUUAGUCGUCGAUUCGAACGCUUGUUCGCUCCAUUCCAGAAAAUGCUAGGCGUAAGUCUCGGACUUCCGACCAGAAAUCCUAGAAGGAUACAAGAGGUCGGCCAGCAGUACGAAGAUGUGGUUUGGGAGUACGAUGAUGCUGCGUGGUUGACGACUGGUAAUAUGUCUGGAGGGUACAGGAAUGUCACGAGAGCCGCGCUCCCAGGAGGGUUCUGCGGGUCAAGGAAACUACUUGUUCUUGGCGAGGGCGACGAGAUGAGAGAGUGGUUCAAUGAAGUGGUGGAGAUCCCGAGUUCUGAAAGAUAG